CACAGCCGGACUGUAGCGUGAAGCGGAAGCGGUUGUCAGCUCACGAGGAUGAUGGAAGAUCUGUGACAAGAUGCUGCGACGUGUUUACAUAAAGUUUGAGGCGGACAGGUUUCAGCGAGCAGCCAUGAAGACCGUGUUUGUUACUGUCGGCACCACGAGCUUCGACGAGCUGAUAGAAAACAUCACGUCCUCAGAGAGCGUCCAGGCUUUAAAGGCUCGUGGAUAUGAGUGUUUGGUUCUUCAGGUUGGUAGAGGAUCUCUUCUUCCAGCUGCUGACAGCUGUCCCCACAUCAGACUGGAGGCUUUUCGUUUCAAAGACUCAAUAGCGGAGGACAUGAAGCGGGCUGACCUUGUCAUCAGCCACGCAGGGGCAGGAAGUUGUUUGGAGGCGCUCGGUGCAGGAAAACCUUUGCUUGUCGUCGUAAAUGACAAACUGAUGAACAACCACCAACUGGAGCUGGCCCAGCAGCUGCAUUUGGACUCCCACCUGUUGUACUGCACAUGCAGCACGCUGACAGAAACGCUGACGACCAUGGAUCUCUCUGUUCUUCAGCCCUUCUUACCCGGGCGGACACAAAACUUUGCAAACUUUCUAGACAAAGCUCUCGGUGUUCAGUGAAAUUUUAAAUUUUACAGCACCGUUUUUUUUUUUAUGAUUUUCUGAAUAUCAUGUCGUAGUUAAUUGUGACACUUAAUUUAAGUAUAUUUUCUAUUUCUGAAUGUAAUAAAUAAUAAUUUCUAAUUUAAAAUCAUGUAGUAUGUUGUGAAUUAGUUUCUUGUAUUAAACGUUUUUUACAUAAAGGAAAAGACAUUUACCUGCCUGAAGACUCAGUGAAAUAAUUUGGUUCAGAGACUUGAAUACAGCACGGAGAUGUUAGAGGCAGCAUUGGUUAAAAAACUGUCAAACUUAAUCUACAAGCGUCAGUUUUUUUUUGUUAGUGCACAUGGUUAACUGGUAACUUUUUUUUAAGUCAAGCUGUCAAGUCAAACAGCUGGUUUGUAAAUCUAGAAAUGGGAUAUUUAUCCUUAAUGUCAACCUCUAAUUUUAGACAAAACAACCUGUGGUAUCUGUUUUAUGAAGCUGGUUCCAGCUUUAGUCUUGGGGCAUUAAGUAAAGCAGUGUUGUUGUUACUGUACAUACUGUACAUGCAGCUCUGUAAACGUUUA